UUCGCAGAUGUAUUAAUCAACUAGAUUUCUUUUCUUUGGCUAUAUAAACCCUUGUGUUGCUGCACGAACUCUUCAAACACACACAAAGCCAGCCAGUGUGAGAGGAACAGUAGUUGUUGAUAGAGAGAGAGAGAGAGAGAGAGAGAGAGAGAGAGAGGGGAAGCGAUGGGUUCGAUUCCAGCAGAGAAGCCCCAUGCGGUGUGCGUCCCUUACCCCGCCCAAGGUCACAUAACCCCCAUGUUGAAGCUGGCCAAGCUCCUCCACUCCCAUGGCUUCCACGUAACCUUCGUCAACACCCUCUUCAACCACAAGCGCCUGAUCCGCUCCCGAGCCAUCUCCGCUCUCCACGCCCUCCCAAGCUUCCGCUUCGCGUCCAUCCCCGACGGGCUCCCGCCCUCCGACGAGGACGCCACGCAGGACAUCCCUUCGCUGUGCGAGGCCAUCCCCAGAACCGCCCUCCCUCCCUUCCGCCACGUCCUCCGGCAGCUUAACGAGGAGUCGCCGCCGGUGUCCUGCAUCGUGUCCGACGGAGUCAUGACCUUCACUCUCGACGCUGCUCAGGAGCUGGGCGUCCCCGAGGUCGUGUUCUGGACCACGAGCGCCUGCGGCUUCAUGGGCUAUCUCCACUACCAGCAUCUCCGCGAGAGGGGUCUUACCCCUCUCAAGGACGAAGGCGACAUCACGAGUGGAUAUCUGGACAUGCCGGUGGACUGGAUACAGGGCUUCAACAACAUGAGGCUGAGGGAUUUCCCCUCCUUCAUCCGCACGACCGACCCCAAGGACGUGAUGCUCAACUUCUGCACCCGCGAGGCGCAACGAGCCUCCAUGGCCUCCGCUGUCAUCCUCAACACCUUCGAGGAAUUGGAGCGGCCGGUCCUGGAAGCCAUGGCGUCGAUACUCCCUGCGGUGUACACCGUCGGCCCGCUCACCCUGCUCUCUCAGCGAGUCGCCGACAGCCCGUUGACGUCGAUCCACUCCAACCUGUGGAAGGAAGACAGCGGCUGCAUGGAGUGGCUCGAGGGCCGGAGACCGGGCUCGGUCGUCUACGUCAACUUCGGCAGCAUCACCGUGAUGAGCAACACGCAACUCCUAGAGUUCGCGUGGGGGCUGGCCAACUCCGGCUACGACUUCCUGUGGGUGAUAAGGCCGGACCUGGUGAGAGGAGACGCCGCGGUGCUGCCGCAGGAGUUCGUGGAGGAGACCAAGGAGAGGGGCCUGCUGGCGAGCUGGUGCCCGCAGGAGGCGGUGCUGUCGCACGCGUCCGUCGGCGGCUUCCUGACCCACAGCGGAUGGAACUCGACGAUCGAGAGCAUUAGCGGCGGGGUGCCGAUGCUGUCGUGGCCCUUCUUCGCCGAGCAGCAGACCAACUGCCGGUACGCGUGCACGGAGUGGGGCAUCGCCAUGGAGAUCGACAACGACGUAAAGAGGGAGGAAGUGGAAGCACUGAUAAGGAAGUUGAUGGGUGGGGACAAGGGGAAGGAAAUGAGAAAGAAGACAAUGGAGUGGAAUGAGAAAGCCAUGAGGGCGACACAACCAGGUGGGUCCUCUUUCGUGAACUUGGAGAGACUGAUCAAGGAUGUGAUGCUUUGAAGGAGACGACUUGUUCUGCACCUUACACGCUAAGACAUCCGUAUCCGUGUGUUAUACAUUACUGGUAAUUCAUGUUACUGUAAUACAUAUAAAUCCGACAGACGCCUACAUCAAUCGAUAAAUAUCUAAGCUAAGUUUUCAUA